AUCCCCUGUAAGCGAAGGAAUGACCUGGAACAUCCGGUUUUUGAAUGCAUGUGGCUCUGGCUUCGACCUCAUCGCUUACCGCGUCCACUCUCAGGGAUUAUAUGCGGGAUUGUGUAUUUUCCAGAGGCCAACGCACAAGAAAAUGAAGAUAGGGUCUCAUACAUUAUCGAAACUCUAGACUCUGUUAGGCUCGCACACCCCGACUGUGGUGUCAUUGUUCUUGGAGACUUUAAUAGCCUGGYCCCAAAAAAUAUUCUUAACCAUCACAACCUUAAACAASUAGUACGUGAUCCAACGCRGCUGGACAGCAUCCUAGACCUGAUCUUAACUGACCUGCACAAACACUAUGAUAAACCAGUCGUUAGCGCUAAUUUGGGUACCUMSGAUCACAACUCAGUUUACUGGCGAYCAAAAUCAUCCUGCACAAUCUCGACUCCUGUCAAAAAGGCCCAGAAACAYAKCAUACGUCGGUUCCCAGAUUCUUCAAUAAAUGCUUUUGGGAGAUGGGUUUCAAACCAUGAAUGGUUUCCUGAUAAUACGCCUUCUGUUAACAGCAUGGCAGAGUCUUUUAAUAAUGAUCUAAAGGUGGCAAUCGACACGUUUUUUCCUCUGAAGUCGGUGAGACUCCAUCCAACUGACAGACCCUGGAUAACGUCACGCAUCAAACAGCUUAUUCUUGAAAGGCAACRUGCUUUCCACUCUGACAAAGAUGGCAUAUGGAGAGAGCUGCGCACUAAAGUACGGGACGAGAUUGCCGCCAGGAAAACCGCCUUUUAUACAGAAAAAGUUAGCCACCUAAAAGCAACAGAUCCACGAAAAUGGUGGAGCCUGGUGAACAAACUUUCAGGCAAAUGUAGUGACACAAAAGUUAUCAGCUAUGAAGUCAAUGGCAAACUUUUCUCAGGAACUGAGUUGGCGAACAGACUGAAUGAGUUCUUCAUCUCAGUGACAUCUGAUGUUCCAGCCCUGGAUUUUGAAUCUCUACCUGCUUUCCUACCUGCACCUGACGAGCUACCUACCAUCAAACCAGAUGAAGUCUAUAAAAAGCUGUGCUCUCUAAAUCCAUUUAAAGCGUGCGGACCUGAUGAAAUUCCAAAUCGAGUCCUAAAGACCUUUGCUUUUGAGCUAGCUGUGCCGGUGACCCACAUCUUUAACCAGUCCAUCUCUUCCGGCGUUUUCCCUACAGUGUGGAAGGAUGCCUAUAUCUCACCUAUACCCAAGACAUCGGUCGUUACUUCCGACAGCGAUCUACGCCCCAUAGCUCUAACAGCAUGUCUAUCUAAAUUGCUAGAGGACUUCGUUGUUGGUUGGCUAAUGAACGAUAUCAAAGACUUCAUUGACCCAAAAGCAGUUUGGUUCUUUGAAAGGACGAUCCACCACAUUUUGUCUAUUGGACAUGAUCCACAACUGGCUUUCAUCAUUGGAUUCGCCAGGAACGUAUCUUAGGGUAUGUUUCCUUGACUUUUCUAAGGCGUUUGACCAUAUAGACCACACUAUUCUUGUACGAAAGCUCCUGGGUAUGGGCGCAAGAACUAGCAUCAUAAGAUGGGUGUGUAGCUUCCUGUCACUGAGAAGACAAGCUGUGAAGCUCAACGGUGUACUUUCCAAGUGGGCCCAAGUGCAUGCUGGUGUUCCACAGGGAACAAAACUGAGACCAAUCCUAUUCCUCAUCAUGGUUAAUGACUUAGCUCAAAGAUCUCCCCUAAAAUCAAGUCAUUGGAAAUACGUGGAUGAUAUCACAUUGUCUGAAGUAGUCUCC